CCACAGCAGCAGGGAGAGCUGCAAGGCCCAGUUUACUCGCCCUGGAUACUGCGUACUUAGUCGCAGCCACGGCUUUCUGUGGUGUCACCAGGCAGCAAGAACACCUGCCUUUCACCUCCCCUCACGCCUGCCCUGUCCCAUGCUUCUGCCUCAGCCCCACAAGCAACGGCAGCCAGUGGUGCUGGCAGGCAAGCCGGGGCAACUCAUGGGAUGGGCAGUGGUCACAGGCCUCGCUGUGAAGCACUUGUCUAAGCCCGAGGUGAUCGAUGCUGGGGCUGAAUGCAAUGCCUGCAUGGCAACCAUUAAAUAACGGGGCGAGGGGCUGAGGAAGCCCUUUGGGAGUAGCAGGGGGGACUACAGCUCCCAGGAUGCACUGCUGGUACGUCGUCGGGCAUGCCUACAGCUCCCAGGAUGCACUGCUAGCACGUAGGCGGGCAGGCCUACAGCUCCCGGCAGGCCGGGCGCGGCCUCGCACUUCCGUCGCGCCGACCCGGAGGGCCCGCGCCGCGCUUCCUGCGCUCGGGCUGCCCCACGCGGCCCGCCACCAUGGCGGCCGUGCGCGUGGAGGAGGUGCUGGCGGCGGCGGCCCAAGAACAGCAGCAGCCUCGGAGCGUGCAGGUGGAGAAGGAGCUGGAGCUGGAGUUCGACCUGGGUAACCUGCUGGCGCUGGACCCCAACCCGCCGCCCGCAGCGGCGCUCCGCGGGGCCGGGCCGCGGCGGGAGCCGGUGCUGCGGGCGCUGGCCCGGGACAACGCGCAGCUGCUGGCGGCGCGGCUGUGGGCGCUGCCGGCCGAGCGGGCGGACGGAGCGGCGGGGCCGCUGGUGGCGCGGCUGCCCGAUCCCGCCUUCCGCCUGCCGCGGGAGAAGCCGCCGCCGCGCCCGCGGCCCCCCACGCGCUGGGAGCAGUUCGCGCGGCUGAAGGGCAUCCGGCGCCGCAAGCGGACCUCGCUGGUGUGGGACGAGCAAGCCAAGGAGUGGCGGCGGCGCUGGGGGUACCGGCGGGCGGGCGGCGACCCGGCCCGCGCCUGGCUGGCGGAGGUGCCGGCGGGCGCCGACCCGGAGGAAGACCAGCUCGCCAAGCUGCGACGCGAGAAGCGCGAGCGGGUGGCCCGUAACGAGCUCAACCGGUUGCGGAACCUGGCCCGCGCGCACCGCUCCGCCGCCGCCCCCCCGCUGCACCCCACGGGCCACCAGAGCCGCCAGGAGCUGGGUCUGGCCGCCCGCGUGGCCCGCGUCUCCACCGCCUCGCUCGGCCGCUUCCAGCCGCGGCUCCCCAAGGAGCCGGCCGAGCCGCCCUCCCGCGACGGCGGCAAGAAACGGCGCUUCCAGCCGCUGCUGGGCGAUCUGGCGGCCGAGCGCGGGCGGCAGCUGGAGCUGCUGCGGGGCAUGAACAGCAAGAAGCCGGCCCUGGACAUCACCCGCGCCGUCAACAAGCAGCUCCGCGAGGAGGACGCCGAGGCGUCCGCCGCCAAGGGCAAGAAGCGGGCGCAGCGCGGCAAGCGGGGCCGCCGGCAGCAGCAGCGGCCCGGGAAGAGGAGCGGCGGCGGCAAGAAGGGCGGCGCGGCACGACGGCAGCAGCGGCCUGCGGGAGGCGGUGGCAGGAGGAAGAAGGCGUGAGGGGCCGCCCGCAGCCCACGGAGGGACCGCCCCUGCGGGCACGGGGACUGCGUGCGAGGGGCGCGAAGGGACUGCUCCACGCCCGCCGCUGUGCGGCCCUCGCGGCUCUGUCAAUAAACGCCCUUCGGUCUCUGUGUAA